GAAAGUCUGAUUUUCAGUGCAGGAGGUAGAUUGUUUCGUAGAGAAGAAACUUUAAAAAAUAUUGAGUUAUGAGAAAUCUAAAUUUUGACCUGAAGUAAAUGAUAAUAAGAUGAGUUAUGACUAUUGUGUUGAUGUAUUGUUAUUUGUUGAAUUCAGUUUUCUUGCAAAUACUUUGAUCUCUGAUACAGGGACAAACCCCUACAUCUUAUACAUGGAGAGCAGAGAGAAGGAAAGAUAGCACUUCAUGAAGCAGCACAUUCCUUCCCAAACAUCAAACUAUGUCAAGCUAAACUUGAUAUCAUGUAUGGUACGCAUCAUAGUAAGAUGAUGUUUCUUCUCUAUGCUGAUGGAAUGCGAGUGGUGAUUCAUACAGCUAACAUCGUUGAGAGUGAUUGGCAUCAGAAGACACAAGGAGUAUGGAUCAGUCCUCUGUUUCCAAAGCUACCUUCAUCCGAACAGACUGCAACCAAUGGAGAAUCACCAAGCUUCUUCAAAAGAGAUCUACUAGCUUAUCUAACAGCUUACAGAUCACCGUCGCUACAACCAUGGAAAGAUCACAUUACUCAACAUGAUUUUUCAAGUGCAAAGGUAUUUCUUAUUUCAUCAGUGCCUGGAAGACACGCCAGAGAAUUGAAAAAUAAAUGGGGUCACCUCAAGGUCAGAAAGAUUUUACGGCAGUAUGGCCCAGACAAAGAGCAGGUCCAGACCUGGCCGGUCAUUGGUCAGUUCUCUAGCAUUGGCUCUCUGGGUGGCGACAAGACCAAGUGGCUGUGUGCCGAGUUUCUUCAGAGUAUGUCAACUGUGAAAGGUCAAUCAGGGUCAUUCACCUCCAAUGCAGACACAAGACAUAUGAAGCUGAUUUUUCCAUGUUCUGACAAUGUGAGAACAAGCCUAGAGGGUUACCCUGCAGGAGCCUCAUUACCGUACAGCAUACAGACAGCCAAGAAGCAACCUUAUCUUCACCAAUUCUUCUUCCAGUGGAAGGCAUCUCAGGUAGGCCGUAACAGAGCUUGCCCUCACAUCAAGACCUACACCAGGCUGUCUCCUGAUGAUCAAGAAAUUGCUUGGUUCAUGGUAACAAGUGCUAAUUUGUCUAAAGCAGCAUGGGGAGCCUAUGAGAAGAAUGCCAGUCAGCUGAUGAUUCGUUCAUAUGAGAUUGGAGUCAUGAUGAUCCCAAGUUUCUUUGAUAAGAGUAGGAAGACAUUCUCUCUGACGGAGGGGCGUGGCCAGAAAGAAUUCUCUCUUCCUUGGGACGUUCCUCUCACACCCUAUUCUAAAACAGAUCGGCCCUGGAUCUGGGAUAUCCCUUACACAGACAAACCUGAUUCCCAUGGUAACGCUUGGGUACCUGGAAGAAGAUGAUAUCAUCGCGAUGGAGUUCAUGGUCACUUUAAUACCCAAAGCUAAUGCUCAAGAUACUGAUGUAGUCACUUGCAUUUAUCUUUUACCCGAUGGCAUCAUGGUACCUUAAUUUUUUAAGUACUGAAUUUGUGUAUUGCCCAUAUACUUAAUACAGGAACUACCCUGUUCCAGUAUGCAAUUGGUUAACUAGGAAAUGCAUGGUUACCUGGUAAAAGAUGAUAGCAUCAUGAUGUAGCACAUGGUCACUUACCAAUGGCUAGAGGUCAAGUACUCACAUUGUCAUUUAACCCAAUGGUAAAUGUACCCAUUGGUCAAUCAUCCCUUGCCAUUAGUCAAAGUACCAUUACGGUCAUAUACCUAAAGCUAAUGGCCAGUAUAUUGUCGUAGUCACGUAAACCAAUUUUAAAGGUACCCAUUGGUCACUUACCCCUAGCAAAUAGUCAAGGUACUAUCGAUUCACCUACUCUGGUUAAGGUACUGUAAUUGUAAAUUGCUCAUUGUCAAGGUAUCAUUAUGGUCAUUUGAUCCUGGAUCACUUAUGUAUGUAUGGCUAAUGGUCAAAAGACUGUUGUAGUCACUUGAUCCAAUUGUAACGGUACCCAUUGGUCACUUACCCCAUGCAAAUUAUUUACCCAUUGUCUACUGGAACCAAGUGAUCCCUGUAUUAAGCCAAUGGGGAUAAGAUAAUUGAGUAGUCAACAGGUUAAGGUACCAUUGUAGUCAAGGUCAAGGUAUUGCAGUGGUCACUUAUAAUCACUUACUCCUGGCCAGAAGUCAAGGAAUCAGUAUGGUCACAUACACCUGGCCAUUAAGUAACGUAACAUUAUCGUCACGUACCCCUAGCCAAUGGUUAAGGAACCAUUAUGGUCACAUAAAACCGGCCAUUAGGUGACGUACCAUUAUCGUCACUUACCCCUGGCCAAUAGAUAAUACUAUGGUCACUUUACUCCUGGUCCAUAGGCAUGGUACCAUGAUGGUCACUUCUGGCCUAUUGUUGAGGUUAUUUACCAUUAUGGUCACUUACUUCUGACCAUUAGUCAAGGUAGCAUUAUGGUCACUUACCCUUGGCCGGUUCUAGGACAAUUACCCCCUGAGGACAAAUGGCCUUAUAUCUGGUUGUCACUUUUGUCACCUAGAAAUAAGUUGAAAAGCAAUGGGGAGUUACAAAUUAGUCUUCCAAGUGUCAAUCACCAGUGCCUGUUUAACUUGAAUGGCACAGUAACAGAUAAGUUAUUGUAAUAUGUUUUAUGUGAAUGGCAUUGCUCACAGCACUACAUGUACACACCUGGUUUUAUUGUGUUAUGUGUAGUCAGAAUUGGACAUGGCACGCCUUUCAAUUUCAUUUUAAAGACACAUCAUGGCUGAAGUGUUAUGGAGGUAUAGAAAUCACAAGUGUCAAAAUAUACAAAUCACAAAUAUAAAAGAAAUGUUUAUCCUUUGAAUAUGGCAAAAGUAUUUUACUUGAAAACCAUGGCAUAAGUUUAAACAUUGAUUCUGUUUAUGAACUGGUUAUCCUAAUUAUGUACUCAUCUGUGUUGAGGUUUUAGAGGAAACAAAAUUUACAGCUGUUUUCUGGUGUUUCCUGGUAUAGGCCUUAUAGUUCCUUUCAGAUGAAAUGAAAUAAAUAUGGUAAAUUCGAUUUUAGUUAGUUUCUUGAUUUUACACCUUCAACUUUGUUAAAGUGUGGUAUAGUCAAGUACAUAAUCAAGACUGUGGAUCAAAUGGUUGCUGGGUGAGUCCUAGACCAGAACCCAGGCAUAAGUAUUACACUCCUUAUGCAUUCUAUGGGAUGGAUAUCCCAGCAAUAUGAACAAAGCUGUCAUUGAUAUUAAUGUUGAUGUUCAAGUUGAAUUUCAAGACCAAGUCAAGGUAUUUUGGGCCUAUUCAAAAUCUUAGGUUCCUUUUUUGUAGGUGCUAAACAUGUGCUCUGUAACUUCAGUGCUAUCUUACUUCUUGCAUACAUGCCAACUGUUCAGAUUAAAGAGGAACAUUCCUCUUUUUGGGAGAAGAUAAUUAUCAUUUUAAUGCAGGUGUUC